UUUACUGAGAUUAGAAUAGGAUAUACUUUUCAAGGUUCACUCUCAAAAUCCCAACCAGAUAUUUUCUCUGUUUACCUCAUUGUCGCAAAUUUUGAUCCGGUUGCCUCAGCUCCCAGCAGUGAGCACUUCGGAUUAGUGCGAAUGGAACCCGGACCACCGGGUGGGAGACUAGCCCCCCACCGCGGAUUCUUUCGUCUUAUCUUAAAUAGUCGUAACUGGAUCGCCCCGAUAGUAUUUUCUCUGCGCUGUGUCUGUUCUUCAUCCUCAUUGGCUUUGGUGGCUUUCUUCUUGUAAUUUGGAGGCGCUGAUGUUUUAAUUUCAUGCAAGGCAUAGCUGAUUAAGAUGCUUCUUGUUAAAAGAUUGGAGGGGAAUAUUCUGCCUUUUGUUAUUUUGUUGUCAUGUUUAUCAGGCAUAUCAUAUCCUUCACAUGUAAAGGGCAACUUGGAGGCAUUCUUACCUAGCGCCACAACAUCUAUAAGCUUAGCUGAUGGAAACACCACUUCAAGGGGAAAUUUUUGUGUGGCAAUACAAAAUGCUGAACCUAAUGCACUAAAGUCAGGCAUAGAGUGGGCCUGUGGACCCGGUUUAGCAAACUGCAGUUCUAUACAGCCAGGUCAGCCUUGUUAUGUCGCUAACAAUCUCGUAGCUAUCGCAUCAUAUGCGUAUGAUGCAUAUUACCAAGCGUACCAAGCCAAAGGAGGGACCUGCUUCUUCAAUAACACAGCUACAAUUACUAGCAAUGAUCCAAGCAGUGGCUCUUGCAUUUUCCCAGGAAGUUAUGGGACUGGAACAAACCCUCCUGGUAGUGGAAGCAGCGGCAACGGGGCCGGCAACACGAACUCGUCUAGCUCUGUUGGUCCUAGUUUCGCACCGCCUUUUGCUCAAUUCGUACCUAUUGACGACGACAAUGGUGCUUCGGGCUUACAAGUUCUCAAUUUUGUUUUUCUUUCAUCUCUGGUACUUAUUUCCUUACAAAAAUUCUAAAUCACAUGCAUAAGUCUCUUGUGUAACAUGCUGCAUGUGUAAAUUUGAUUCCUUUUGUAUGUUUGAACUCAUCAAGAUUUGUUUUGCAAUUGCUACCUCAUAUUGUAUUUUCUUUAUGUCA